UUUAACGAUCGGCGAGUGGUGCACGGCGGCUGGUGGUCCGGCCUGUCCACUGUCAGUUGGGGAUGGUGCCCCCCCCCCCACCUCCCCCGCCGGCGCCCCCCCCCACCUCCCCCGCCGGCGCCACCAUGUCUGGACCCUCCCCCGCCCCCAGUCGGACGGCUUUCGUCGGUUUCGACGCGUCGCUGCGAUGGUGGUGGGUGGCACGAGCGCUGCAGUCGACCGCACCCUUCAUAACAGGGAAACGUACGCGCUGUGGUGGAAGGGAGAGUGCACAUGUGACGUCCAUCCAGAGUGACACGUGACCCCGUGCAUUAGGCCUGCUUCCAUAACUUCUUGUGAUAGAGACUGUGACUUUACGUUUGACAUCUCUCGUGCAAACUCACCGUGCCUACGGUCACCAGCCAUGGACUCGACCGAAACACCGCCUACUCAGAAGUAUCCAUGUUUUCAUUUAGACGACCCAGUGACAUUCCGGACCUGCCUGUGCGAGCGAGGAAUCUCAGCAUACUGUGAUGAGAGCGCGAACACUACCUCCGAAGACACCUUUUGGACGUGGGGGCAGAAUAACUACAGUGACAAACACGCGCAAACGGUGAAAAAUGUGGUGGUGCAGAGGCGGGACUAUGAAAACAACUCGACCCAGUCGUGGGGACUGUUUAUGAUCCUGAUGGGGAUAUUUCCGAUCGGAGUGUUGUUUGUGUGUUUCUUCGCGUGCAACUAUCGGAGGCGAUGGAUGAGCCGGUCUUCGCUGUCAUCCAGGCCGUGGCCGUCAGGUAGCAUCCUGGAGCCGGGUCGGGCCACUCCUGGAUCUCUGGCCAGUGCUGAGCUGGAGCCACUGGUUAGCACACCCCCCGCACAGCUGGUGUCUCCUGAUCUGGCAGUGGAGAGCUCGAGUCUCGGCCAGGAGCGCUUGGAGCGCAGAGUGGAGCGCCUGCCACUCGGUCAGGAGCGCCCCAGGGCCGGCGGGGGCCCGGCGGCCGCUCGACGUGCUCGUAGUGAGGGCCAUCUGGAUGUGGUCCGUCCCGUCUCCCGUCCGUCCAGUCCUGUGGGAGUGUCCGGACCGCCUCCGUCCUACAGUCAGACGCUCCUGGAGAGCGAGCCUCCCUCCUAUGAGGCAGUGUUUGGAGAAGGGGGAGAGACGGAGGCAGAAGGUGCUGUCUGACCCGGGUGACAAUGGUGGACCAGUGGGUGAUGUCAGAUGAAGCUGCCUUACUAACUAAACCUGCCGUCUGCGCUCGCGUUUCGGAAAUAAGGCCGAUGCUACCUCACUCAAUAGUUCCUAGUAGAUAGUUUUGUGAUUUUAUUUUUGUGAUUUUAAUUUGUUGCGAUCAGACACGUGACAAAAGUGCGUCUAUUUGAUAUUUUUUAUUUCAAUAUAAAUUUACUAUUUGUAUACAAAUUACAGCAGUGAUGUCAUCUGAUAUUAUAUAUUAGUUAUAUUGUAUUAUGAUGGAUCUUCUCAGUUCCAAGCAAUCAUUUCUGUUCACAAUAAUCAAUGAUUCUAUAAAAUGUGCUUCUCACGAAUCAUGUCAUCGACAAAAUGUGCCUGCCGUAAUGAGAUUUCAUUGAGCGAUGAAUUAAUUUAGGAAAUUGGUAGUUGACAUUCACAUUCCGGCUACAUCGAUAUUGCAUUAGUGUUGAUUGACAAUUUUUAAGCGCCCUAGAGUUGUGUAGUUAUACAAAAACACAAUGGCUAGAUCGUUCACAAUUUGCACAAAGCGUAUGCAUUCCAACGCCCCUACCGCCGUGCAUAUUUUUGUAUUUCUUCAUGUAUCUUUGUUAGCGGUUAUCAGUCGUUUUCGUUAGAACGUGUCCCAAACCCCUUGCCUGGGGAAUAGGAUAAAGGUAUAAUAACCCUAAGAACGUCAUUAUACGGCUGCAGAAUAAACAUGUGUAGCUAAACAUGCAUUCAAACACGCCUACUUGCUACAAGCGUGCGUAUAAAAUGUAAUGUUAUUAUCUAAUUAUGCUAGCUAAUGAAUAUGUGCUUUUUACAGCCUUGUGCCCUGUCCAUUUAUGCAAACAUAUAAAUGUUAAAUCGUGUAAUAUUUCCGUGUCACAAGUGUCCUCUCGCUGUGGUGAAUGUGAUGUGUAUUAUUCAAUGCUCUUUACAAUCCAAAUGAAACAAAACGAAUGCGCGUUCAUCUUCAAAUGCCUUGGAGUUGAUACGAGCAUUCAGAAUGUCUACUUCAUCUGUGGCCUAUUGCUAGUUGUAAGUCAACGCCUACAUAUAGCUGCAUCUAGACCUUCGUACGCUUACAAAUAAUCAAACAGGGAAGUUCGUCGCUUUUGGUGUAGCUUGAGUAGUGAUUUUAUGCAAUGUUGUUUCAAAUGACAAUGCCGCUGACAUGAGAGCAGGCAGCUGUACAUGUGAGCUAUUUUGUCAAUACAUUUAUUGAUUAAU